AUGUCGAAACCGUGGCUCUCGCGCGAAGGGUUCACUGCUGAUGUAUUCGGCAAAUUCCUCCAGCGCACCAUCUUCUGCCCCUGGAAGACCGUCCCUCUGCUCCUCCUCGCCCACUACACAGCCAAGGGCAGAGAUGUCGCCGAGCAGUACCCCCUACUUCUGCAGACCGUCAAGGUCCUCGCCUCGCUGGCCGUGCUCCGGCGCAUCAAUGCUGCGAUGAACCGUCGUGCCCUGAACAACGGCGUCUCCGACCGCUACGACUGGAACCGGGAGGUCGUCGUGCUGACGGGCGGGAGCAACGGCAUCGGACGCCAAGUCGCGGCGCUGCUGGGUAGCCGUGGCAUCAAGGUGGCCAUUCUGGACAUCCAGGCGCCGCAGGAUGAGCUGCCACCGACGGUACGCUACCACGAGUGCGAUAUCACCUCGCCGGCGGCCAUCGCUGAGGCCGCGGCCAAGAUCCGCACCACCAUGGGCGAGCCCACCGUGCUGAUCAACAACGCCGGCCUGUGCAGCGGCAUGACCAUCCUCGGCAGCUCCGAGGCCCAAACCCGCCUCCAGUUCGAGGUCAACACCCUCUCGCACUACUGGCUGACCCGCGAGUUUCUGCCCGCCAUGCUGCGUCGCAACCACGGCAUGGUCGUCACCGUCGCCUCCCAGGCCGGCUACACCACCACCCCCAACAUGGUCGAUUACUCGGCCACCAAGGCCGCCGCCGUCGCCUUCCACGAGGGAUUGGCCGCCGAGCUGGUGACGCGCUACAACGCCCCCCGCGUGCGCUCCGUCCUCAUCACCCAGGGCUUCACCCGCACCGCGCUCAUCAGCCGCCUCACCCCCGAAGACAGCUGGAUGAACCCUCUGCUGCAUCCGGAGACGGUUGCGGAGGCCAUAGUCAAUCAGGUGCUGACCGGCGAGAGUGGCCACGUCCUGGUGCCGGGGUCGACGGGCUGGCUGGCCAAAUGUCUUCGCGGGUUCCCGGGUUGGUUCCAGCAUCGGAUCCGAUUGCAGCUGGAGCGGUCGAUGCGGGUGGAGGAGUAG